AUGGGUUGGUACGAGAAAGGUAGUCAGAAGGACCCUGUCCAGCAGCUCGAUUCGGACCUUCGUGAGUUUCUCGAACAGGAGACGCCCGACAAAUAUGUGCCCGCGCCUGAUGUGAGCACGUCACACGCCACUGCACCCUCUCCUUCGUCCACGCAGUUCUCUGGCUUCUCAGAUGAUGCAGCGCACUCGGAGCCCAAAGUUCCGGCCGCGUCUCUGUUCCAAGACGGCCGAUAUGCCCACCUUUGGAAGACCUACAAGCCACCCACCGGCAUCGAUACCCAAACCAGUUUCACCACGGGGGAAGGAGUCGUCCAACGAUACCGGGAGCGCGCAAACUCAGUGAAGUCAGCGGCAAUGGAAAACUGCGUGGUCGAGAACGAAGCUUUGCUGUUGUGCGCCAAGACAGGCAGCUGGAAGGAACAGAUGAAGUCCCGAGUCACGGCGUGUUCCGCUGAGAGACGCAAUUUCUCAAGAUGCUUCGAGUUACAAAGCAAAUUCCUCAUGGCUCUAGGCUACGCCGCAUCCCUCCAAGACAAUCCCGAGAAGGAGGAAAAAAUCCAAGUCCAUGCCGACAGGUUAUACCAUCAAAUGCUCGAUUAUGAAACUCGAGUGGAGCAAGCGCGUGCGAAUGGAAGUUUCCCUCCACCCUUACAAUCCUUGUUCAAUCCUGACAAACCUCCGCACGUUGAAGAGUUCGCUGGAGCCGUGAUUGAGAUUCCUGGCGGCGAGGAGGUGCCACCCAACUUCAAGCCAUCCAAGCCCCUCAUCAAGCUGACUCCUCACGAGCGUGAGCUGGAGAUCCGCUCCCAUAAUGCGCAGCUGGAGCACAAGAGACUCUUUGCUGAAGAAGCCAGUGCCUUUAUAAAAAGCCGCGCAGAUUCUCGAGACAAGAGAGAAGACAAGGCCUCCAGUUGGUUUGGACAGACAAUCGGCAGCCUGUUCCGGAACGAGUGGCAAGGAGCCCAGAAUGUCAUUAUACUGGAAGCUCUUACCCAGUUCGCUGCAAGUGACAUGUGGAAGUGGGCGUAUCUAAUCGCCAAUGGCUGGAAUGGCUGGAAUCGCCGGUCGCGUUCCCGCGUCAAACCUACUCGAAGCAUCAUUGUCAACCUUCUCCUCUACGACCUGACGCUUACAUCCUCCUUGCUCGGAUUCUUCCUCCCGCCCUUUGUCUCCUCCUCUACAUAA